UCAUUCAACAUUCAAUGUUAAUUUUGUUUUCAAUCUCAGUCUGUGCGCAUGUGCAUAAAAAAUGGCGGAAAAAGUUGCUGUUGUUACGGGCGCAAGCAAAGGAUUUGGAUUCGCAAUCGUAAAAGGACUUUGUAAAAGGUUCCAAGGUGUUGUUUAUCUAACAGCGAGGAAUGAGAAAAAUGGUCUAGAAGCCGUAAAAAAACUAAACAACCUCGGCCUCAAACCGCAAUUCCAUCAACUCGACGUCAGUGACGAGAAAAGUGUGCAAACAUUCGCAGAUUACAUCAAAAAUAAAUAUGGCGGGCUCGAUGCACUGGUAAAUAACGCGGCAAUAUUGGAAUGGGAUGAAGUCUAUCCAUCUUACGAAGCUGCAAAAAGAAACAUCGAUAUAAACUACAAAAGUUUAUUGACCUUAGAAAAGUAUGUCUAUCCGUUGCUAAGAGAUGGCGCUAGGGUCGUCAACAUUUCGAGUGCUUGCGGACAUCUAUCGAAUUUGAAGAAACAAUCCUGGAUUCGAAUGCUCCAAGACCCAGAUUUAACUACGGAACAAAUUAAUCAGUUUGUCGAUGAAUACUUAGAAAGUGUUAAAAAUGGAACUUUUAACAAAGAUGAUUUUGCUGAUGAAGGAAAGCACGCUGAACAUAGGGUGUCUAAGAUUGCGCUGACUGCUUUGACAAUGGUCCAGCAAAGGAAAUACGAAGACAGGAACAUUUCUAUAAAUGCUGUUCAUCCAGGGCACAUGAAGACUGAAAUGGCUCAGGGUGGUGGAGAGGUAGAACCUGACGAGUCGGCUGAACUGGUCCUGUAUUUAAUUUUGGAUGCGUCGCCGAAGUUAAAAGGCACUUUCAUGUGGCACAACAGAAGUCUUAUUGAUUGGUGCGAUGCUGAAAGCGAUUUUGCUUGUAAAGAUCUUUGGUAAAAUUUAAAUAUUUUACUUUUAUUAACAUUUCCAUUUGAAUAUUGUUUUUAAAUAAUUAUAAUAAUAUCUACUUACUUUACUUGUUAUUGUACCAAA